AUGUCUGAUGAAGUUUUCAGUACCACCUUGGCCUAUACAAAGAGUCCAAGAGCCACCAAAAGAACUUCUUUCCAGGAUGAACUAAUAAAAGCAAUUACAGCUCGCUCAGCCAGACAACGGAGCUCUGAAUACUCUGAUGACUUUGAAAGUGAUGAGAUUGUUUCCUUAGGUGAAUUUUCUGAUACUUCGGUGGAUGAAAAUUCAGUAAAGAAGAAGAUGAAUGAUUUUCAUUUAUCAGAUGAUGAAGUAAAGAAUUCUUCAAAAAGAUCUUUUUUGAAAAUCCAGAAAUCAACCAGUGACAUAAUCAAAGAUGAGCUAGUGUCUUCCAUCAAAAAUGAUGAGGCUGAAGCUGAUGGUUGUGAAGAUACGGUUAUAAAUUCUCUACCUGAGCCUCAGAAUCAAGAUCAAGAAAAUGAAACUGAAACAAUGAAAGUGAAACCCAAACCCAGAACUCUUCCAAUUAAAAGCAUAUCUUCAGAAGCCAACAACCUUGAUGCAGAUGCCCACUUUAAACCUUUACCUCGGCCAAGGAGUAUGUUGAAAAAGAAUAGCCCCAGAGAAGAGAAAGAACAAGGAGAAGAGAAAGAAAUUAUUCUCAGUGAAGAAUUAGACUCACAACAUACACCUUGUUCCAUCCCAAGCUUAAAUGGCACAUUAUUAGAUUCUGAGAAAAUAGUCCCUGAAGGACUUGAUCCUGAGGGCCCAUCACCAACAAGUCCAUCAUCAUCAGACUUUAAAGAAAGUUUUGGUGAUUCUUUUUCACCAGGAUCUGGAGAAAAAACAACCAGUACAGAUCAGAAUGAAGAAGUCACAGAAAACCAUAACACCUUAAAAUCAAAAGAAAAUGAAGAGGAUUCAUUUUUGACAGACUUUAUUCUUACUGCAAUUGAGAAACCCACACAAAAUCAAGAGACUACUGAUGCCCUUGAAGGAGAAGGGCAAAAUGCUGAACUGACUGUGCAUGAUGACUUAACUUCCCUACUAAUUAAAUCUCAGAGUGUCUUGAUAACCACCAAUGCAACUGAAUCUGCAAAGAAACCAGUUGAAGAUAGAAAUAUGAAGAACAAAAAAACAACAAAUAACAGAGCAUCCAGUGCAUCUGGCAGUGAGGACUGGUUAGAAAAGAAAAAUACGCAUUUACAUGAAAUGAAUAGAAUUAAAAGGAUUGAAAGUGAAAACCUCAGAAUCCAGAAUGAACAGAAAAGAACUACUAAAAGAGAAGAGGCAUCAGCCUCAUUUGAAGCCUGGAAAGCUAUGAAAGAAAAGGAAGCAAAGAAAACAGCUGUAAGAAAGAGGCUUGAGGAGAAAAAUAAGAAGAAAAUGGAACAGGAGAAUGCAGUGAGGAAAGAAGAAGCACUCCAAGCAUUUGAGAAAUGGAAAGAAAAAAAGAUCGAGUAUCUGAGAGAGAAAAAUAGAAAGGAGAAAGAAUAUGAAAGAGCAAAGAAGCAGAAAGAGGAGGAAGCUGUGGCUGAGAAAAGGAAAGAUAACAUAGCUGCAGUUGAAAAAUGGAAUGAAAGAAAGGAAGCAUUUUUCAAGCAAAAGGAGAAAGAGAAAAUAAAUGAGAAAAAAAAGGAAGAACUUAAAAAAGCGGAAAAAAAAGAUAAAGAUAAACAAGCCCUUGAUGAAUAUGACAGAUGGCUGGAAAAAAAAGAAAGACAAGAAAAAAUUGAACGAAGACAAAAGAAACAUCACUCUUUUCUUGGAAAUGAGACACUUCCUCCAUGGAGCCCUGCAAAUAGAACUAUGUUUUAG